GGUGCCAGGGGAGGGCUGGGUGGGCUCUCAGGUAUCCCCGGGAAUGGGCUCGGCCGCGAGGCUGCCGGGGCUCCAGGAGCGUUUGCACAGCGCUGCCAGGGAUGCCCAGGCGGGGAUUUUGGGGUGUCUGCGGGGCCGGGGGUCGGGCCGUGCCCCUUCCAGCCCAGGACACGCUGUGCAGGGCCGGGCCGCGGCGGCCGCCCCUCACCGGGGCCUGUCCCUGCUGGCACACAGAGAGCGCCGCGUCUAAAUUUAGGAGAAGCCGAGGCGCGCCGCUGUGAGCUGCGUGCGCCGGGCGCCGGGCCAGGCACGCCGGGCCAGGCACGACCUCCCCGGGCCAGGCACGACCUCCCCGGGCCGCCCCCGCAGGCCGGCCCCGGGCCGCCCCCGCCCCACGAUCUCGGCCUUUGCGGCGCUGACUCACGGCGGCCCCGGCGCACGACUCCGGCCUUUCCGUGAGUCACGCACCGCCCCCGCGGGCCCAGGGGCGGGCCGGGCCCGGCCGCGCCCCUACAAAGCGGCGCCGCCACCGCCGGGGCAGCGGCGGCAUGGACGGAGCCGGGCUGGGCGUCACCGCCUGCGCCGCGGCCGCGGGGCUGCUGCUCUACCGCAUCGCGCGGAGGAAGAAGCCCACGCACGUGACAGUGAACUGCUGGUUCUGCAGCCAGGACACGGUGGUGCCCUACGGGAACCGCAACUGCUGGGACUGCCCCAACUGCGAGCAGUACAACGGCUUCCAGGAGAAUGGAGACUACAACAAGCCCAUCCCUGCCCAGUACAUGGAACACCUUAACCACGUCGUGUCGGGCAGUCCGACUUUCUGUGACCCCGCCAAACCACAGCAGUGGGUGAGCAGCCAAAUUCUGCUCUGCAAGAAGUGCAACAACCAUCAAACCAUGAAAAUCAAACAGCUGGCUUCAUUCUCACCCAGGGAGGAGGGCAAGUACGAUGAGGAGAUUGAGGUGUACAAGCACCACCUGGAGCAGACCUACAAGCUGUGCCGCCCGUGCCAGGCUGCUGUGGAGUAUUACAUCAAGCACCAGAACCGGCAGCUGCGCGCGCUGCUGCUCAACCACCACUUCAGGCGCCGGGAGACAGACAAGAGCUACAGCCAGAAUUUGUGUUCCUCCUCCUCUUCUGCUUCCAUCAGCACCCCGGCUCAGGUGAUCCUGCUGCGGUUCCUGGCCUUCCUCAGCUGUGCCUUCCUGGUCCUGAUGGCCCUGUACGGCUCCGGGGACCCCUUCUCCCUCAGCACGGCUGUCCCUGCUCCUGUCCCCCCCGGCCCCGCGUCCGUGCGGAACAGGACUGGCGCCAGCCCCCGUGCAGGCAGUGACAGUGACAGUGACAGUGACGGUGGCAGUGGCGGUGCCAGCCCGGGGCGGGGCUGGCCGGAGCUGCUCCGCCUGCUCCCCGAGCGCCUGCUGCAGCAGCUGAGCGCGGCGUGGGCCUACGGCAAGAACCACCAGAUGGCAGUGGCCGUGCUGGGGCUCUUCACCUGCCUGCUGGCCAUGCUGCUGGCGGGGCGCAUCAGGCUCCGGCGGAUCGACGCGUUUGCCUCGGUGCUGUGGCUGCUGGUGAUGAGCCUGCACCUGGCCGAGCGGUACCUGAAGAUGGACACGCCCAGCUGGCUGGACACGGCCAAGUUUGGCACCACGUCCCUGUGCUGCCUGGUGGGCUUCACCGCGGCCGUGGCCACGCGCAAGUCAACGGGCCAGCGGAGAGUCCGGCCCCGAAGGUUCCUCUCCGGGGACUCCAUCACCGUCUUUCCCAGCAGCCCUGGCACAGCCUUCCCUUCACCUGCUGCAUCUCUGUUUGUCCCAACACCGCCCAGUAUCCUCCACCUGACAAACCAGCAGCUCUUCAGGUCCCCACGCAGAACCUCCUCCUCCUCUCUGCCCGGACGUCUCAACCGGGCGCUGUCGCUGGGCACCAUCCCCUCGCUGGCCCGGGCAGAUUCUGGCUACUUGUUCAGUGGAAGCCGACCGGCCUCACAGUCAUCCCAGUCCAAGGAGUCCCCCACAUCAGAUCCCUUCUCCGUGCUGUCCGGCGCUGUCCCGUCCCGCAUGCCGUCCCCGGCGCCGUCGGUGGCCGGCUCGGUGACCUCCAGCUCGGGCUCUCUGCGCUGCCGCCGCCCGCUCAUCAGCCCCGCCCGCCUCAACCUGCAGGGGCAGAAGCUGCUGCUGUUCCCGGCGCGGAGCGAGGCGCUGCUGGGCGGCCCCGAGGAGCGCUCCCCGCCCGACUGCGCCGCCCUGGCCGCCGAGCUGCCCGGCCUGGCCCGGAGCGGCCCCGCCGAGCUGCCCGGCCUGGCCCGGAGCGGCCCCGCCGAGCUGCCCGGCCUGGCCCGGAGCGGCCCCGCCGAGCUGCCCGGCCUGGCCCGGAGCGGCCCCGCCGAGCUGCCCGGCCUGGCCCGGAGCGGCCCCGCCGUGCCCGAUAUGAGAUCUGUGGAAGGGGGGAGUAUCUGCAGUGACAAUUCCAUCAAGAAGGAGGAUCACUCGUCACACUCAUCUACCUGUGUGGUAGACACAACCACCAAAGGGGAGGAUCUGGCAGGCUGGAGAGGCCGCUUUGGUACCUCUGCCCUGCGGGGCCUGCUCGCUGUCAGCCUGACCCUCAACGCUCUGUUCACGUCCGCCUACGUCUACAGGAGCCUGCGCUGAGCUGUGCCCACGCUCCCUCCCCUGGCUCACCUGGGCCUGAGCACACAGGAACACAGCCAUGGCUUCGUGGCCACUGGCCAUGCCACCGGUGCAUGCUGUUUUUUAAAAAACUGCUGUACACUCAGCUGACAUGAGAAGGAGCCUGGGCAGCUGCUGCCAUCACUUCCAGGUAGAACUUAUCCCAGGAUUGUCCCUGGAGAUGGCAGGCAGAAUUCCCAGCUCCAGUUCAAAGCAGGAGGCCAGUCCAACGGCCCAGAGACUUUCUUUCAAAAGAACUGACCUGAGACACAAACCUGAAAAUGUGUGAGCUGCGUUUUUAGGAACCUACCCCCAGCUCUUCUUUCUGACAUAUUGACCUCGUGCUGAUGGUGCUGGUAAAGUGGGGAGAGUUAGAACAAAUGAGCUGAAGAAGAGGGAUGGCUUAGUAGCUGGUGCUGGGCUUUGGCUACUGUAACAGCAUCCCCAGCCUCUGCUCAGUGGUUCCUCCUCUCUCUUCUCUUUAGCAUUCUCCUCUGAAUUGUCAGUGAACUUUCUUUAGUUGCCUUAAGCUUGCCUAAGCACAUGGGUGACCUUGGCUGCUCUGUCAUGUUCUUGCGUCUUAGAUGUCCUUGUGCUUCCAGCUGGACCUGGCCCCGAGGCUGCUUUCACCAGUUCCACUGUGGCCCUGCAGGUUCUCAGCCCCCUGUGUGUGCCUGCACUGCUCUGACAGCCCCAGACCGACCUGUGCUGGCUGCACCAGAGCCUGAAGCCCACGCUUUGCUUUGCCCAGGGGGCGUUAAUUGUGUUACUCUGAAGUGGGUAAAAAGAAAGGACCCUGGUGUGAUUUGCACCGCAGUCAAAGGGCUUCAGCUCCCAGCUCUGCUGGAGUUCUCACUGAAGCAGGGGUGGCAGAGCCUGUUCUUGCUGUGAAUCGCACAAAUCUGUCCUGUUGGAGGUAGGUGAGGAGCUGUCUGAUUGUAAACAUCUAUCCAGAAACCUGACACCUCGCUCUGAUGCUGGGAUUUGCUAAGUAACUGUUAAAGAGAUUUCUUACUUAGUGAAAUGCUCUCAGUGAGAAAUGCCAAACCUGCUUCUGGACAAUUCAGCCUUCUGGAUAGAUUCAUCUUUUCCAGCUCAAGGAAAGGAGUAGAUUUUCAAAAGCAGUUUGUAAUUUGGGUAUUUCUGCUUUUGGGUGAGUCUUCAGCAUUGCUUAGAAUUCAGGGGCCAUUUAGACUAUUGUGCUGAACACUCAGAAUCGUUUAGGGGGAAAAAGAAUCCUGAUCUUGAUGUUUUGGUUCCCAAAAACCAAAUGCAGACAGAAGAUUUACCAGUGUGUCAAAAAUACCUGAUGAGAAGAGAGUUGACUGACAUUAGCUGUGUAUUUCCUGAAGCAGGACUCAGAUCUAUUAAGAGUUUUUCUAUUGUUUCUUCCUUUGAGCUCCUUUACCUCAAAUUUCACUCCCUCACCCCACUGCCCUGUGUCUGCAUCCUAAAUUGGUGCUUACUGUGUCUCUCCCUCCCUUUCAGUUUGCUGAAAGUGUUCCCUCUCUUGUGUUCUUGCACAUGCACACAACAAAGAGUAUCUGCUCUGAACCUGUCACACCCUGCAGUGAUGAUCACCCUUCCUUUCGCUUCAGUUUAUUUCUUGCAUGUUUUAAUCGAGUUCCUACCCCGUCCUCACUUGGUAGAUGAAGGGAGCCCUAGCCAGACUCCAGUCUGUGUGCAUGUGACAGCUCAAACGGGGCUCUGCUGCUGCUGGUUCUGCACUGAAAAACGGAGUCUCUCUGUUUUCCAAGCCUCCCUGCAUGGUUUCAGCUGCCCACUUCCAGCUCCCGCCCCUGCUGUGGGUGAGACUGCAGGGGAAGGCCAGACCUGCACAGGGGUGCUGACCCGAGGGCUGAGGAUGGGUCACUGCUGCCUCUGCAUCCCCCCGGCCUCCUGAGGGAGCUGCUGUGAGGGGCUGCACUGCCAGAACCUCCUGGGCAGAGGCCCAGAGCCAGGAGAGACCUGCAGCAGAAAGAUGAGCUGCAGACUGAUGAUGAAUUCUAUUGUAACUUGCAUGAGUUGUUCCUUGUAGCCAAACCGGACCCAUAACCUUGUUGUAAAGAGAUUUUUGUCCCUUUUAUAGACUUUGCACGCUCACCCGAGCAUGUGUACAGGCAGGAUGAUGGCAGAGCAACUGCCAAGCUUCUCUUCAAACCUCUGCUCGCUGGUUUCAUGCUGUUCUGGUGCAGUGUGUGACAUCCCAUUCACGGAUCCCUGUCCUACCUAGAGGCCUCGUACAGGACAAGCUGCCACAGAAGGCUGUGGCUGUGCUUGCCCUCAUCACCCAGCAGAUGUGCACUGUGACUUCACGUAUGCAAACGUCCCAGCCUGCGCUGAGUUUCACCACCACACUGGACCAGAUGGCAAUACCAACCUCCUCCUCCUCCCCAGCAACCCCGGAGCUGCAGCAUCUCUACACUCCUCUCCCACCCGCACUGCAGAGCAGGAGCGCUGAAACCUGUCCUGCCCUUCUGUGGCUGCUCACUCAGACUGCUCUGGAAGGGCGCUUGGUGACCUUGUCCAAAGCAAUAGAGAGACUUUGGGUUUUGUUACUCAAGAGGGAAGUUUUUCACUCUGGUGCUAGAACUCUCUCCCGUGGUGCUCUCACGGUUGUGAAGCCUUUGCUUGAGGAAUACACGAGCAUGUGUGAGUGUGUGUGAGUGUGAGUGUGUGCAUGCAGGUGUACAAAAACAUUGGAAGGUUUCUCCAUUUCAGAAGAUCUGAGCCUGUGUCUGUCUUUAUAUUGUUGGCCUUAAUCUAGCUCGUAGAUACUGUGUCUAUCUUGCUGCUCUUUUCUGUACAAAGCUGGUUUGGAGGAAGCAGAAGUUUAUCUGGUCCCCCUGUAAAAAUCUCUGUGACUGAUGAUGUUGAUCUUCAUACACUGUUGUUCAAGGGGGAGAUUUUAUUUUUCUAGUAUUUUUCCUACUGUAAAAACUGUUGGAGUGUAUGGAGUGGAAAAGAUCUUUACAAAAUGGCCUGGUAAAGAUUUGAACAUGACUUAAUAAUAGCAACAAUUAAUGACCAGGUGGAGUAUAAAUGAGCUUUAUUUCCAGACCUUUUCCAUUUCCUACUUUCCACUGAAAAUGUCCAGGUACUUCUUCUUUGGAUAUGGGCUUGUUAGGCAUGUUCUUAGACCUUGCAGAGACUUUAGAUGAUUUUGCUGUUCUGAAUUAAAAAGAAUUUGUCUUUUGGAAUCUGGUUCCAGUUCUGCAGAAUCUGGUUCCAGUUCCGCAGUCUGGGGAGUUUGGCAGAUGUGACAGAUAUUAUGCACAUAUCUAUUUGGUGGGAUAGAGGGAGUGGGUAGAAUGAGUUGCUGGUUUCUGAAAGUUUAUCAUUUUCACUUAAAAUUCUUAGACAUUAAUUUGGUCACUGGGGGAAAAAAACCUCAUUGCUGGCAUACGUAGGCCAGAUUCACUGAAUUUUAGGCUGUUUGUUCAAGCAGCAGAUGAGGCCUGUGAAUGUUUGAUUCCCACUCCCUCUCCCUGGGUGCUGGGAACAUCUGAACCUCCCUGCUGAACUGGUUCCUUGUAUCAGGGCAGCUGCACUGAAGGGCUUCUGUUGCCUGUGGAUGCUGCUGUAUUUUUUUCUUCCAAGCACCAUUCCUGGAAAUGACAAUGGUCUUAACUUCUCUUACAGACAUUUGUUUAAAGGCUAGAAUGGGCCAAUUUGGCCCAUACUUUUUUUUUCUUUUUAAUAUAUGUUGCAUCCAGAAAUUAUCAUCAACGUGUUCUGGGGUGGGAAUAAGGUACAGAGUAUUUUUUGGAUUGAAUGGGUAUCUAGAGAGGGUGAGAAGGACAAUUUCAAGGCCUAAACCUUAUUUCCUGUGAAAGAAAGACUGUAUGUUAUGUGUGUGUUCUUCUUUGGGGAGCUCUAUCACUGUACAGUUUAGUUAAACAUACUCCAAGGAAGGAGAAGCUGUUCCUCGGGGGUUUUAGUUCAUGCUUUGUGUUUAAAGAGGAAUAUUUUUCUUUAAAAAAUAAAACCAGAUAAGUUUUCA